AUGGGAUUCAUUCGACCAGGACAGAAGAAGGAAAUUCUUUUCGAGCGUAAGCCAGGCAAGCCAAGCAAAACUUAUAUGCUUCUGGAGUAUAUCGCAGCGCCAAGUGGCUACGAUCCUCGGAUGCCGUUUAUUGAAGGCGCAAAGGUCGGCCAGAUAAAUAUCCGAGUACGAGCAUAUAAGGAUCAGAAAAUCUUGGACACAGUGAAAACUUUGAUGGGCGAGAAAGUGACAAAGCAGGGACAGAAAUUCAAACCACCGGAAAAAUACGACGAUGAGAAAAUUGAGCGGGAAAUUGAGGAAUUGUUCAAAAAACGAGAUGCACCACUGCCAAUGCCACAGCUUGUGCUGGAAACCGCCGACGCUGGUGCAGAGGAUGAAGAAGAUGAAGACAAGAAAAACGCAAAGAAGAAACCGAAGAAAUCCCCGAAGCCUGAAGCACCGGAGAAGACACCAGAGCCUGUGGCUCCAGUUGUGCUCGCAGGUGGGGCGAGUGCAGUGGGUGUAUCAGAUGUGAUAAAGGAGCGGUUCGAGGAAAUUGCAAAAGCUGUGGAAUCGCUGAAAGAGCACUUGCGAAUGUCAGAGGAAAAAAUGCAAAAACUGACCGAAGACUUAUCGUAUAUUCGAAUGCUCAUCACUAUACUGCUCGUUCUUGUACCCAUCACAAGCCUGCUUUUCCGUCAUUAA